CAAAAUGGCACAUUUAUCAAGGCGAUAAUCUCGUCGUUUACACAAUCAUACAAAACGGUCUUAUUUUGUCACACUUUGAGCCGGUAAGCCAGUAGAAUUUGAGUUUUAAUUCCAUGGUAGUCCUGCUUCAAAAAUACCGGGGAUUAUAGAAUAUUCUAGGCGCUGUAUGAAGAUGUCAAAUUUGUGUGAAUUGUAUUGACAAGUCCGUGUAAAGUCUAUUAUUGCCGACCGCAAUGGAUCGUGAAACGUUGCGUUUAAAAAGGGAACAAUUUAAACGCGAUAUGCAUCGAGUUUCGGAGGAGAAAGACCGUAAGCUCUUUGAAAAAGACGAAGACAGGCAAUCAUGGGUUGAAGUUAUUCGGAAAUCGGUUGAAAAAGAAAUUGAAUUGCGUGUUCGCGAAGCGCUUGGAACUCCUCCAAAAGAACGACAGCGCAAACGUUUAGAAGAACUGACUGCGAAACGACUCGCUAAGAUCGAAGAGGAAAAGAAAGCUAUGGCUUCUAGCAUUAUGAAACAGGCCUCCUUCGAACGACACACUGAGGAAGACGAUGAAUUAUUGUGGUUAAGACGGCAAAGAUAUCUGGAAAAGUUCAACCGACGGAGAACAAUGCGUGAGCUUCCUUCUGGUACUCUGUGCUCUAUAACUUCGCGGCGUCGCGCUUCUGAAAGUCCUAAAAGCAAUCAGACAUCGCCAGUCGUUUGGGAAAGCUGCGAGACUGUACCGACGCAGAUUCAUACAACUGCAACACAAUUUAAACGGGCGAUAAGCAAGUCUAACUAUCCCGAAACAGGAAGAGACGAAGAAACGCGAGCUCGAGACGGACCAUAUUUUCCCAGCGGAAGAAUGCCUUUGAUGGCCCCACCAAGGCAUUUAAACUCGAUUCCAAAUUUCGUCGAAGAUUUAAAUAUACCAGAAGCGAACGAGAAUCGCACGAAGGUGAAGGAACAUCCUGACUAUCCAAAAUGCUGGAAAGGUUCAGUCGUCGUUUUUGACACUGAGAGAAAAAAUACCUUGGACUCUGACGCAGUUCCACCUGGCUGUCCUCCACAUCUUCAGUUCGAAUCAAGAUUUGAGAGCGGAAAUCUCAGACAAGCAAAACGAGUAGGAAACUAUGAAUAUGAACUUGUCCUGAACACAGAUCUUUACACAAGAAGACAUACACAAUGGUAUUACUUUCAAGUACGGAAAACGAUCCCAGGUGUCACGUACACGUUCACAAUCAUAAAUUUCCUGAAGAAGGAUAGCUUGUAUAACCACGGCAUGAAACCUUUGUUUUACUCAGAGAAAAUUGCGGAAAGGAAGCGACUAGGUUGGACAAGAAAGGGUCAUCACAUUAAAUACUUUCAAAACUACAUUAAAGGACAUCCGUUGUUAUCCAGGGACAAGAUUUAUUAUUCUCUAACUUUUCAAAUGGAAUUUCCUCACGUGAAUGAUGUCUGUUACCUUACCCACUGUUACCCCUAUACGUACACAGACCUUGAGAAUCAUUUGCAAGCUAUCACGAAUGAUCCUAUCAAGUACCGCUACUGCAAACAACAGGUGCUGUGCAAAACAAUUGCAGGUAACAACUGUUACGUCCUGACAAUAACAUCUGAAGAUUCGAGAGAAGAUAAAUUGGGUGUGGUCGUAACAGCGCGCGUGCAUCCGGGAGAGACAAACGCCAGUUGGAUGAUGAAGGGACUUCUUGAUUUCCUGACUUCACAAGAUCCUGUUGCUGAGGACUUACGAAGAAAACAUGUAUUCAAAAUAAUUCCAAUGUUGAAUCCAGAUGGAGUCAUUGUUGGAAACUAUCGUACAAACUUAGCUGCUAAAGAUCUUAACAGGACUUAUAUGAACCCUAAAAAGAAUUCUUCCCCAACUGUUUACCACACAAAGAAACUAGUGGAGUCUUUCUCGUCUGAACAAGAAAUUGUGAUAUACUGUGAUCUUCAUGGUCAUAGCCGAAAACCCAACGUGUUUAUGUACGGUUGCACGCCAGAGAAUCGCGGGAACUCUGUCAAAGAUUUCGUUCAAGAAAGAUUGUUCCCAUGGUUGAUGUCGAAGAAGGCACCUGAGCUGUUUUCGUUCCGCGAAUGCAAGUUCAAAGUACGCAAAUGCAAGGAGGGAACAGCGCGUGUCGUGAUGUGGCGUCAGAUGGGUGUCUCAAACAGCUUCACCAUGGAAGCGACGUUUUGUGGCGCAAAUUUUGGAAACAUAGCUGCCGGACGACACUUUCAUUUCGGAGAUUUCGAAGCAAUGGGCCGACAUUUUUGUGAAGUGCUCAUGGAUUAUACCAGAGCAAGACCCAAGGGGUGCAGGAGCGAGAUCACAGAAGCAUUUGUCGAGAUGGCUUCACGCAUGACACAGGACAUCAUACGUCACGCAAAACUCCUGCAACAACGCAAGAACGAGGCGUGCUGCUCUGCUGACGGCCGCGUGAAACAGUCACGUGGAUUGCACGACGGACACGUUAAUGUUUUCGAUGUUCACGUGGGUGACACGAGGUCGGAACUAGAGUUUCAAGAGGUCGAGGUGUCAGUGAGAAAAAGCGAAGGAACUAGUCUCGAAGAUUGCCUCAAACAGUUGGAGGAAUACGAUUUACACACAUUGGCCGCUGAAUCAGAUUCCAGUGAUUCGGACAGUCAAUCUGAAGGCGAGGAAAACAGUACAAAAGCCAAACAAAGAAAGAAGAAUGACGAGGGACGAAAGAAGAAAAAGAAAAAGGCCGCCAAAAGAUGGGAAGUUCUUGCAUCUUUGAAGCAAAGGUCAGAAAUAGUGAAUGUAGACAAAGAAGACACCACCAAAAUAUCGUCCAGAGAACGAGAAAAAAGAAGAGUGAGAUUAAACCAAAAUACAUUUGUGAAUCCCUACACGACAAGAUUCAACAAUGGUAUUCCUAUUUACUCACAAGAAAGAAUCGACGAAAGAACUAAGAAGAAAAAUCGAGAGACAGCGAGUACUUCAGAUCCCUCAAUAUCUGACUGCAGCCCAUUACCACUGCCGCUACUUCGCAAAGAUGAAAUAAUAACACCUUAUGACGUGGAGCUUUACAAUAUCACUCAACAACGUAACCACGCUAGUUAUAUGAUGUCGCGCAGGCCUGGAGCGAAUCUAGAAGACCCUCAGGCCCAGACCUUAGGUGUGGACACAUUCAGAUUCGAACCACUCAGUUAUUCCGCUUCAAAAGGCUUCACCGUCCGUAUUCCAGGUCGGGAACCGUCGGCGGUGCGCAGCGAUGACGAGAACCUCCGAUGGGAUCCCGAGAAUGGAUACAUGCUCGAAGAUGAGCAUUAUUACGCCGAAUGCAAUCCGAACAUGCGCAAUACGGUCACGCUUAAUCCUUUACAGUACCCACAAAGCACAGCGUGUGCGUAUGACGUAAGCGAACUGUCACGGCGUGGAAACGAACCUGCGCAAGAAUCAGCCAAAGACUGGACUCAAAACGAUUUUUACCCAAACGAGCAAAUUCCUGCGAGGGUUGUAAAGAUUGCUUCACAAAAUUCUUUACAUGAACCAAUUUCUAGAAGCGAGUCUAAAAUACGAUCUUUACAAAGACUUAAGCAAUUGUCAAUGGAAGACAGAAGUGCACGAAAUAACAGUGUAGGAUAGAUUAGAGAAUUUAUACAAAUUGAUAUACCAUAUAUUUAUAUAGCCUCGUCCUUUGGGGAACAUAGAAAAUUUUAAAUAUUUUAAUUAAGAACGCAAGACUUUCAAAUAUACGCACACAUUAUUCA